AUGGAUGACCUACGGGGUGUACAGACAGCUGGGACUGGGGAUCGGGGAAGGGAGGCGGCGAGCAGCAGCAGCAGCAGCAGCAGCAGCAGCAGCAGGUUCCCCGGUGUGUCUUUCGGCUUCCGGGUGCUGCUGCUGCUGCAGCAGCAGCACGCACAGCUGCUGCUCCAGCACCCACGGCUGCAGCUGCAGCGACAGCAGCAGCAGCAGCAACAGCAGCAGCGUGCGCUGCAGCGGGAGGAGCUUUGGGGAGAAAGGCGCAGCAGCAGCAGCAGCGCAGCUGCUGGGCAGCAGCAGCUGCCGCCGCCGCAGCCGCAGCAGCAGCAGCAGCAGCAGGCUGCGGGCGGAGGAAGACACAGACGACAGCAGCAGCAGCAUAUCUUCUGGGGGCGAGGAGAGCAGCAGCAGCAGCAGCUUUCUUUAGGCCUGGCCACCCCACAGCUAGCAGCAGCAGCAGCAGCAGCAGCAGCAGCAGCAGCAGCGGAGGCGCGGGCUCGAGCAGCAGCUGCAGCAGCAGCGGCAAGAGCGCCGCCGGCGGCAGCAGCAGCAGGGAGAGCAGCGGCAGCAGCAGCAGCAACGACAGCGGCGCCGGCAGCAGCAACGUCCGCAGCAGCAGCCGCAGCAGCAGCCGCAGCAGCAGCAGCAGCAGCAGCAAAGAAGAGACGGGAGACUUCGACGAUUCAGCGGUUUAUUCGGGGCUACUUCACGCGGCUGCGGUACCAGGCUGCGCUGGUGUGGCGGCGUUUGCUGCAGCAGCAGCAGCAGCAGGAGCAGCAAGCAGCAACUCGCAUUCAGUGCUGCUGGAGAAGGCGGAAGGCGCAGCAGGAAGCAAAAAGGAGACAGUUGAUGCAGCAAAUCCAUUCCAGGAGACAAGCAGCAGCAACAAAGAUCCAAGCCCGGUGGCGGGCCCGGGCGCAGCAGCUGCGCUUCCAGCAGGAACGCCUG